ACGAAAAGAAUCGUUAUUGUGAGUUGGGUCUUUUCAGUGAAUCAGCUAACUUACAGCUGACUCUUUGAACCGAGAGUCAAAAGCAUUACGUGAAUCGAGGAUUUUACUGAUGAGGCAAAAUAUAUAUUUGAAUAGCCGGGCAGCAGAAAAUAUAUACAUUUUAUUCAAAAAAAGAAAAACGUUUAACGUUUAACCCAAGAUAUGUAAAUCAAUUUAGUUUGUAAUAUUAGUGCAUGGGAUAAAAGAUGUUAGGACCGCGUGAUGACGCAAUUGCGUCAUGACGUAAAAGAAUCACAGAAUCGCUGUUUUGGACCUGUUCGAAAGAAUCAAUGCGCGUAAACGAGUCGAACUUCCCAUCACUAAUUUCAGCCGAAGGACUACACACUUGUGGGUGAACGUAACCAGCACACUCUCCACCAAAUAAUCAAAGAAAAUCUAACCAGACAUGGAGGAUAUUGUUAUAGCUGGAAUUUCAGGUCGCCUUCCUGAGUCUAACAAUUUGGAAGAAUUUUGGCAGAACCUUUUUAAUGGAGUGGAUAUGGUCACAGAAGAUGACAGGCGGUGGAAACCAGGUCUGUAUGGCCUUCCCCGGAGAAAUGGAAAACUAAAAGAAAUCGACAGAUUUGAUGCAGCCUUCUUUGGUGUGCAUCCCAAACAGGCCCACACCAUGGACCCACAGCUGAGGCUUAUGCUAGAGAUAUCGUACGAGGCCAUCGUCGAUGGAGGCAUUAACCCAGUGUCCAUGCGUGGCAGCAAAACUGGCGUCUACAUUGGAGUAAGUGGCUCAGAGGCGGGAGAGGCCUUUAGUAAAGACCCAGAGGAGCUGCUGGGAUACAGCAUGACAGGAUGCCAGCGGGCCAUGUUUGCCAACCGCUUGUCUUACUUCUUUGAUUUCAAUGGUCCCAGUACAGCCAUAGACACCGCGUGCUCCUCUAGUCUGCUGGCUCUGGAGAAUGCCUUCAAUGCUAUUCGCCACGGCCAAUGUGAUGCAGCACUUGUGGGCGGAGUCAACCUGCUGCUCAAGCCCAACACCUCAGUGCAGUUCAUGAAACUGGGCAUGCUCAGUCCUGAAGGAACAUGCAAGUCAUUUGAUGCCUCAGGAAAUGGCUAUUGUCGCUCAGAGGCUGCUGUUGCAGUACUCCUGACAAAGAAGUCAAUGGCCAAGAGAAUCUACUGCACAGUUCUCAAUGCUGGCAAUAACACAGACGGCUACAAAGAGCAAGGGGUGACAUUCCCAUCAGGUGAGAUGCAGCAGCGUCUGGUCCGUUCCCUUUACCAGGAUGCCAACAUAUCACCUGAGCAGGUGGAGUACAUCGAGGCCCACGGAACUGGUACUAAGGUUGGGGAUCCUCAGGAAGUGAAUGGCAUUGUGAGUGUAUUCUGUCAGUCACAGAGGGAUCCUCUUCUGAUUGGCUCAACCAAAUCUAACAUGGGACACCCAGAGCCUGCAUCUGGUUUGGCGGCUCUUGCCAAGGUGGUUUUGUCUCUGGAACAUGGCGUCUGGGCUCCCAACAUCCAUUUCCAUGAUCCAAACCCUGACAUUCCUGCCCUGACGGACGGCCGGGUGCAAGUGGUGUCAGAGCCCAUACCUGUCCGCGGUGGCAUUGUUGGCAUCAACUCAUUUGGCUUCGGAGGCUCAAAUGUCCAUGUUAUCCUGCGUCCACAUGGUUCAAAAUCACUGGCUCAGGCUGCACAACUUUCAGUCCCCAGACUUCUGCAGGCCUCCGGUCGCACCGAGGAGGCGGUCACAUCCCUUCUCAACAAUGCCCAGCAGCAUAAAGAUAACCCAAGCUACCUGUCUCUUCUGAAUGAUGUGUCUGGAGUUCCAACGGCAAGCAUGCCGUACAGGGGCUAUACACUGAUUGGAUCACAGGGAGAGCUUACAGAAGUUCAACAAGCCCAGCCCACACCCAGACCCCUCUGGUACAUUUGCUCAGGUAUGGGCACACAGUGGGCUGGAAUGGGCCGUAGCCUGAUGCAGCUGCCUGAGUUCCGGGAGUCGAUCCAGCGUUCGGACGUGGCUCUGAAGGACAUUGGGUUGUGUGUGUCUCGCUUGCUCAUGGAUGCUGAUGAGAGCACUUUUGAAGACACUGUCCAUGCAUUUGUUGGUCUUGCAGCCAUCCAGGUCGCCCAGAUCGACAUGUUUCAGAAGAUGGGUCUUCAGCCUGAUGGGAUCGUGGGCCACUCUGUAGGAGAGCUAGCGUGUGGUUACGCCGAUGGCUCCUUGAGCCACAGCGAGGCCAUUCUGGCCGCUUACUGGAGAGGACGCUGUAUUAAAGAGGCCAACCUGCCGCCGGGGGGCAUGGCUGCAGUGGGUCUAACGUGGGAAGAAUGCAAAGCUCAGUGUCCACAGGGUGUCGUUCCUGCUUGUCACAAUGCUGAGGAUACAGUGACCAUCUCAGGGCCUCAGGACUCUGUCAGCAAGUUUGUUGCCCAGCUGAAAGAGAGUGGUGUGUUUGCCAAAGAAGUGCGCAGUGCCGGUGUGGCUUUCCACUCCUAUUAUAUGGCCUCUAUUGCUCCAGCCCUUCUGUCUGCACUGCAGAAUGUAAUAAAAAGCCCAAGGCCUCGUUCAGCACGCUGGAUCAGCACGUCCAUCCCACAGACAGACUGGGAGAGCCCACUGGCUGUCUAUUCAUCUGCAGAGUACCACGUCAAUAACUUGGUCAGCCCUGUGCUCUUUCAGGAGGGACUGAGCUUUGUGCCAGAUAAUGCUGUGGUAGUAGAAAUUGCCCCACAUGCUUUGUUGCAGGCCAUCCUGAAGCGGAGCCUAAAACCCACCUGCUCCAUCCUUCCCCUUAUGAAGAGAGGGCACGCCAACAAUCUGGAGUUCUUCCUCUCUCAUGUGGGCAAAAUCUACAUGAAUGGAAUUAAUGUGGACAGUAAUAAGUUGUACCCAACUAUUGAAUACCCUGUUCCGACCGGGACCCCACUCAUCUCCCCUCACAUUCAGUGGGAUCAUUCCCAGGUCUGGGAUGUGCCCAAGGUGGAGGACUUCCCUGCUGGCUCAGGCGGAUCCACCUCAGCCACUGUGUACAAUAUCGACAUGAACCCAGAGUCUCCUGAUUACUAUAUGAUUGGACAUUGCAUUGAUGGUCGGGUGCUGUACCCAGCCACAGGAUACCUGGUUCUGGCCUGGAGGACUCUGAUGAGAUCUCUGGGUGCAGUCAUGGAGCACACACCUGUUAUUUUUGAAGACGUCACCAUCCACAGAGCCACCAUCCUUCCCAAGACAGGGUCUGUCCAGCUGGAGGUGCGACUCAUGCCUGCCACUAACCGUUUCGAGGUGUCAGAGAAUGGAAAUCUGGCCGUCAGUGGUAAGGUGAGUGUCUUGGAGGAUGCUGGACUUGAUGCUUUCCAUGCUGAGGUGAAUAAACCAAUGGCUGUAGACAAGGAAGAUCCUAAACUGCUUUUGAAAGCCGGGGACAUCUACAAAGAGCUGCGUCUGCGUGGAUAUGACUAUGGAAAGACGUUCCAGGGAAUCCUGGAGUCUAACAAUGCUGGUGACUAUGGAAAGCUUCACUGGACGGGAAACUGGGUGACAUUUUUAGACACCAUGCUGCAGAUGAUCGUAAUGGGGCUGUCUGGUCGCAGCUUGAGACUGCCAACUCGCAUCCGCUCUGUGUGUGUGGACCCCAGACUCCAUGAGGAGAGGGUAAACGAGUAUGCAGAUGACCAGAAAGCUGUGGAUGUUCAUGUUAACCGCUGCCUGGACAACAUAACAGCUGGAGGAGUUCAGAUCUGUGGGCUUCAUGCUACUGUAGCACCCCGUCGCCAACAGCAGCAGACUCCACCCACUUUAGAGGAGUUUGCCUUUGUUCCCUAUGUGGACUCUGAUUGCCUGAGAACCAAUGAGAAACUUGGAGACCAACUGAGACAUUGCAAAGGUCUAGUACAGCAUCUGCAGAGGAAGCUGGCCAAUCAGGGAGUGAAGAUCUUCAUCCCUGGGCUAGAAGGUGCAACCGAGAGCCAGAUGAUUGGAGCAGAGGAAGAGAAAGGCUUGUUGCGGUUGUUUUCUGUGCUGUGCAGACUGGAGCUGAAUGGAAACCUGCGCUCUGAGCUGGAACAGAUGGUGGAGAAGGAGAGAGAUUGUCUGCUGCAGGACCCUCUGCUCAACGGCCUGCUGGACUCCCAGGCGUUACGUCACUGCUUGGACACGGCCCUUGAGAACAGCACUCCUGGAAAACUCAAAGUUGUGGAGGCUCUAGCCGCCAACGGUCAUGUGUUUUCUCGGGCUGUUGGUCUCCUCAAUAUCCAGCCAAUGUUGCGUCUUGACUACACGGCGUCAGAUGUCUCCAUUGACCAGCUUUCUGCUCACCAGAGCUCCCUGGAAGAGCAGGGCAUCUCAACCGCUCAGUGGGACCCUCUUCAGGGCCCAGCAACAGGCGGUCUGGAUGGGGCUGACCUGGUUGUGUGUAACUGUGCGACAGGGCAAACGGCCAACCUUGCACUUCUGAUAGAGAACCUGACUUCAGCUGUGAGGGAAGGCGGUUUUGUUUUGCUUCACACUUUACUGAGAGGAGACACACUGGGAGAGACGGUAGCCUUCCUCACAUCUCAAAACAACCUUCAGGGUUUGUUGACACAGACCGAAUGGGAGGAGCUCUUCCAAAAGGCCUCUUUAAAUGUGGUCAUGCUGAGAAAGUCCUUCUACGGCUCGGCUCUCUUCCUCUGCCACAAGCACCAACAGUCCCCUCAGGAUCAACCUAUCAUUAUUUUGGUGGACCCUACUGACUAUAAAUGGGUGGAGACUCUAAAGAGCACUUUAGCUGAGUCAUCUGAUAUCCCAGUCUGGCUCAUUGCCACUAAGGGUCAUAAUGGAGUGGUGGGAAUGGUGAACUGCCUCAGACAAGAGCCUGGAGGCAACCGUAUACGGUGUGCAUUUGUUUCUAAUCUAACCAAGGAUGCUGACUUCCCCUCACUUGUUCCUACCCAAGAGGAGAUGAAGGCAUUACUAAAGAAGGAUCUGGUAAUGAACGUGUACCGUGAUGGACAGUGGGGUGUUUUUAGACACCAGUUGUUAACACAAGAUCUUAGCGAAGAGUUGACAGAGCAGGCCUACGUCAAUGUCCUGACUCGCGGUGAUCUUUCAUCGCUGAGAUGGAUCGCUUCCCCGCUGCGUCAUUUUAUCCCAUCCAAUCCCAACGUGCAGCUCUGCCGUGUUUACUACUCCUCCCUCAACUUCAGAGACAUCAUGCUGGCCACUGGCAAACUGCCUCCAGAUGCCAUCCCUGGAGACAUAGCGCUGCAGCAAUGCAUGCUGGGAAUGGAGUUUUCAGGGCGAGACCCCAGUGGGCGACGUGUAAUGGGUUUGCUGCCAGCGAAAGGUCUAGCCACCUGUGUGGACGCAGACAAGCGCUUCCUUUGGGAUGUUCCAUCUAGCUGGACGCUGGAGCAGGCCGCCUCUGUUCCAGUGGUGUACGCCACCGCGUAUUAUUCCUUAGUGGUGCGAGGGCGUCUGAGGCCUGGAGAAAGCGUGCUGAUCCAUUCAGGCUCUGGAGGGGUGGGACAGGCCGCUAUUGCUAUCGCACUUAGUAUGCGCUGCAGAGUCCUCACAACUGUCGGUUCUGGAGAGAAGAAGGAGUACCUGCAGGAAAGAUUCCCACAGCUUACAGCAGAAUCCUUCGCUAAUUCUAGAGACACCUCAUUUGAACAGCAUGUAAUGCUACACACUCAAGGCAAAGGAGUUGAUUUGGUACUAAACUCCCUAGCUGAAGAGAAGCUGCAGGCCAGCUUGCGUUGUUUGGCCAGACAUGGCCGCUUCCUGGAGAUCGGCAAAUAUGACCUUUCUAACAACACACCACUAGGUAUGGCUCUGUUCCUAAAGAACGUGGCUUUCCACGGCAUACUGCUGGAUGCUUUAUUUGAGGAGGGGAACAGAGAAUGGGAGGAGGUAUCUGAGCUUCUGAAGAAGGGAAUCGCUAGUGGUGUCGUUCAGCCAUUACGUACCACUGUCUUUGAGAGGAACCAGGUGGAGGAUGCCUUCCGCUACAUGGCUCAGGGCAAACACAUCGGCAAAGUCCUGCUACAGGUACAUUCAGAGGAGACGAGCAGCACUGUUCCUGCAGCCUCUCCUCUUUUUAUUCCCGCUAUCUGCCGUACCUUCUUCCCUGCCUCUCUUUCAUACAUCAUCACGGGAGGUCUGGGUGGUUUCGGCUUGGAGUUGGCCCAAUGGCUCACUGAGAGAGGUGCUCGUAAACUGGUGCUGACAUCACGUUCUGGCAUCCGCAAUGGUUAUCAAGCCAAGCGUGUUCGGGAGUGGCAGGCCAUGGGCAUCCAGGUCCUCGUGUCCACUAGUGACGUCAGCUCAAUGGCAGGGGCGGAGCAUCUCAUCACUGAGGCCUGCCGCUUGGGUCCAGUUGGUGGCAUCUUCCACCUUGCCAUGGUCCUUCAAGAUGGCAUGCUGGAGAAUCUGACCCCACAGCACUUCAUUGACGUCAACAAACCUAAAUAUGGUGGAACCAUCCAUCUAGACAGCGUGACUAGGCAGAAGUGCCCAGAGCUUCAGCACUUUGUGGUGUUCUCCUCGGUCAGCUGCGGCCGAGGUAAUGCUGGCCAAAGCAACUACGGCUUCGCCAACUCCACCAUGGAGCGAGUGUGCGAGCAGCGCCGACAUGACAACCUGCCAGGCCUGGCCAUACAGUGGGGCGCCAUUGGAGAUGUGGGUGUUGUUUUGGAGACCAUGGGUGGCAAUGACGCUGUAAUUGGUGGCACGUUGCCGCAGCGCAUGUCUUCCUGUUUGGAAGUGCUGGAUAGGUUCCUGUGCCAGCAGCGGCCUGUGAUGUCCAGCUUUGUGUUGGCGGAGAAAGUGGUGGUUGCUAAAGGAGAAGGAAGUGGACGGAGGGACCUGGUGGAGGCUGUGGCUCAUAUUCUGGGUGUGCGUGACGUGAGCAGUCUGAAUGCUGACGCCUCAUUGGCUGAUCUUGGUCUCGAUUCGCUGAUGGGUGUUGAAGUUAGGCAGACACUGGAGAGAGACUAUGACAUUGUUAUGGCAAUGAGGGAAAUCCGACAGCUAACCAUUAAUAAGUUGCGGGAGCUUUCCAGCCAAUCAGGAGGAAAAGAGGAGUCCCAUGCUGCUCCUGCAAAGCGAUCUGGUGUCCAAGCUCUUCUGGAGUCAGAUCUGAACCUGAUGCUGGUGAACCCAGACGGCCCCACAGUGGCCCCAAUGAACGAGGUCCAGAGUGCUGAAAGGCCCUUAUUCCUCGUUCACCCCAUUGAGGGCUCCACUGCUGCCUUCCGAACUCUCACCAGCAAGCUUAGCGUGCCUUGCUAUGGCCUGCAGUGCACCAAAGCCGCUCCUCUAGACAGUAUCCAGAAUCUUGCUGCUUACUACAUGGAGUGUGUGAGGCAGGUUCAGCCAGAGGGGCCGUAUCGCAUCGCUGGCUACUCGUUCGGUGCUUGUGUGGCCUUUGAGAUGUGCUCACAGCUGCAGGCGGCCAAAUGCCCUGUGGAAUACCUCUUCCUGUUUGACGGCUCACACUCUUAUGUUGCAGCUUAUACACAGAGUUACCGAGCCAAACUGACCCCUGGCAAAGAGUCCGAGGCAGAGACUGAAGCCCUGUGUGCUUUUAUCCAGCAGUUCACUGGCAUUGAAUACAACACGCUGUUGGAGACAUUGUUACCUCUGUCAGACCUGGAGGCUCGGGUGAACAAGGCCGUCGAUCUGAUCACAUCCAGCCAUAAGAAUGUCAGCCGAGAUAUGCUCCAUUUUGCUGCUUCUACGUUUUACCACAAACUGAAGGCCGCCGACCGCUAUGUUCCAACUUCCAAGUAUCACGGCAAUGUCACGCUGCUGAGAGCCAAGGCCAGCAGCGAGUACGCCGAUGGUUUAGGAUCUGACUACAAACUGCACGAGGUGUGUGAUGGGAAGGUGUCAGUCCAUGUGAUCGAGGGAGACCACCGGACCUUUCUAGAGGGCGAGGGUGUGGAGUCCAUCUCAGGCAUCAUCCACAGCUCACUGGCUGAACCCAGAGUCAGCACCAAAGAGGGCUGAACCUUCCCGGCAAACAGCUUUUACGUCUUUUUUUUUCACCCUUACUCUGUUGCUUUCACCUGACAAACCAAAAAUGUGUCCCGGUCUAUUAAAGCUUGGAUGUUUGUGAUCUGUUCAUACCUCUCACCCAUGCAACAGCCUUUUCCUUCUCAUCGUUCUCAUUCUCUACAAAUCUCAAUUGCUUAUCACCCUUUAUUUCUUUAUUCCACGCUGGGAACAAAAAAGCAUGUUUGUUUGUUUAUUUGCUUUAUCGGUUAAGAUUUAAUCAGCUGUUCAUUGUAUUCUUUAAAUUAUGGCAUGUUACUGUGAAAACUAAAAUGUCACUGGUUUCUAUCAUGAGAGCGUAGUGCAUAGUGACAUUUACCCUAAGUAGUGCCUAGCUGUAGUGAUCACUGACACUGUCUAACCUGCACAAGUCUGCUAAAGGUUUUGUGAAAACUGCAUUCAUGUUCAUUCAUCCAACCUAAUGAUGCGGACUGCAAGUCAAGGCUUCACUUUAUUCAAAUCCACAUAUUCGAUGUUGGGAUUCUAGUUACGCACAGCUGAGAUUGUUGUUUACCAAUUGUGAGCGGUUACUGAUGCUUUAGUAAUACUAGUUAAAAUCGCUUAUUUUUACUGUUGUUCUUUCUUGAAUGAUAUACACUGGUUCUCUUGUUGUUGCUGAACAUCUAAACUGUGCAAUUUGAUGUUUAUUUAAAAGGGAACAUUCCUGGAUGAGAGGAACCAUUAACAGAGCUGGUUAAUUGACUUUUUCAUGUUUACAUUGCAGUUAGAAGUUAAUUAUAAAAUAUUUGUUACUUUAAAAGUAUAUUGCACUAGCUUAAAGCAAAAUGCAAAUAUGACACUGCUUAACUGUAGACCAAUAACUGGAGUAUUAAUAUUGUAUUGACGUUUCUAAUCCUCUUCUUGAGGAUAGUACCAACAUUCCUUAUUCCAGGUGUCUCUCAGAUGUAUAUGUUAUCUUCAAAUGCUCUGUAAUUAAUUGACUUCUUUAAUACUUUAGAUGUUCGCUGUAGUAAAUUCUUGUGGCCGGGUCCACAUUAAACACAAGCUCAGUUCAUAGUGCAAAUCACAUCUUAUUUUAGUCUGAAUCUAGUCCGAAUGAUAGUGUUAUUUGGUGGAGGAGUGAAACUGGCGAUGUGGCAGUGACGUGAUUACUGACUCUUUCUGUCACAACAGAGGAAAGUCUUCUGUUUGAAAGCAAAUCACUAAACAUUUCUGAGACUAAUUGUUUAAGUCAGUGACGAACUGUGAUUUCUUUCCAUGUUUAGAGCAAAGCUGGAAAAACUAGAGUUUGUUUUUCUAUUAUUGAAAUAUUUGUUUCUUUUGGUGUAAUUUUUCCAGUAUUUAUUGUACUAGUCCAAAUAAAAAGCUAUUACUAACAUACA